CCUCUCGCUCCAGACCUUGUGUUCCAAUGCUCAGUUGUACUUCGUAUCUUGUCAAGAUACAACACGAUUGGCGGUGCAGCUACGAAUUGACUCGUAUUGAUUCAGCUCUUUGUUGAACAUUGAAAAGGAAGUGCCUUCCCUCUCACUGUGUCAGUCUGUCUCCUCAGAAACAUGUCCUUCCUGAAAGUGGAAGAGGACUCGGAUUUCCCAAUCCAGAACCUUCCGUUCGGUGUAUUUUCCACUCCGGAUAACCCAAACCAUAGAAUCGGUGUUGCCAUUGGAGACCAGAUCUUAGACCUCAGUGUCGUCAAACAUCUCUUCACUGGCUCAGCUCUCUCUAAACAUCAACAUGUCUUCGCCCAGCCAACCCUUAACCCUUUCAUGGCUCUUGGCCGUGAAGCCUGGAAGGAAGCUCGAGGCUUUCUGCAGCAGCUGUUGUCAGCUGGUGAAGCGACACUGCGGGAUAACAAGGAACUGAGGCAGAAAGCAUUUGUGCCCCAGGCUUCAGCCACCAUGCAUCUCCCUGCACAGAUCGGGGAUUACACAGAUUUCUAUUCAUCCCUUCAUCAUGCAACAAAUGUUGGAAUCAUGUUUCGAGGAAAGGACAACGCUCUCAUGCCCAACUGGUUGCAUUUACCUGUUGCCUACAAUGGGCGCGCAUCAUCUGUCAUUGUGUCUGGAACACCCAUCAGAAGACCCAUGGGACAGAUAAGAUCAGAUGAGAUGAAGCCACCCGUAUUUGGAGCUAGCAAACUUCUAGACUUUGAGUUGGAAAUGGCUUUUUUUGUCGGACCAGGCACCAAGUUAGGAGAGAGAAUUGAUAUAUCCCGGGCCCAUGAACAUAUCUUUGGGAUGGUUCUUAUGAAUGACUGGAGUGCUCGCGAUAUUCAGAAAUGGGAAUACGUUCCACUGGGACCAUUCCUAGGGAAGAGUUUUGGAACGACCAUUUCACCUUGGGUUGUAACGAUGGAAGCUCUGUCACCAUUCAUUGUGGCCAAUCCUGCCCAAGAUCCCAAGCCUUUGCCAUACCUGUACAGCGAUGACUCGUACACUUUUGACAUCAACCUUUUGGUUUCUAUUAAAGGUGAGGCAAUGAUGGAAAAGGCAACAAUCUGUCGAUCCAACUUCAAGCACAUGUACUGGACCAUGAAGCAACAGUUGGCUCACCACACUGUUAAUGGGUGCAAUGUGAGACCUGGAGACUUGCUGGCUUCUGGAACCAUCAGUGGCCCUACCCCAGAGAGUUUUGGCUCAAUGUUGGAGUUGUCCUGGAAGGGAACAAAAAUCAUUGACCUCGGGAACGGGAACACCCGCAAAUUCCUUCAGGAUGGUGAUGAAGUCAUCUUGACUGGUUAUUGCCAGGGCAAUGGCUACCGAAUCGGCUUUGGAGAAUGUACCGGAAAAGUGCUUCCAGCAAUUUUGUAAUGCACUGAGUGUGUUCUGAAUGGGGAAUAGAGAAUGUCAUCAUAUUUCUCCUACUUUAACCGUUUAAUGGAACUGAUCACAAACAAAUAUCCCCUUGGUCUGAUCUCCAAUUAGAAACUUGGCCGGUUUGACACCAUCUCACCAUCUCCAGUUCAUUCACAACUUAAUUCUUGUCAUUAUUGAAUUUAAUAAUGAUUUAUAAUAAUAGUUCAUUUAAUAGCCAACAUUAAUUUUCUCACUGACUCUGUAAGAUCUUCGAAGUCUUUU